AGGGGUGUUUGUUCUUUCUAGAAACUCAGAAGAGAGAGAGAGAGAGAGAUGGAGGAAGAGGAGCACGAGGUGUACGGCGGAGAAAUCCCAGACGAGGGCGAGAUGGAGGGAGACAUGGACUCUCACGCCGCCGACGUCGAUAUGUCCGCCGCCGACGACGACGCCGUCAAGGAGCUGGAUGAGAUGAAGAAGCGGUUGAAGGAAAUGGAAGAAGAAGCUGCCGCUCUCCGUGAAAUGCAAGCUAAGGUCGAGAAGGAAAUGGGCGCUGUUCAAGACCCUGCCACUGCAGCUGCUUCUCAAGCAAACAAGGAGGAGGCAGAUGCACGAUCAGUGUUUGUUGGCAAUGUAGAUUAUGCAUGCACACCUGAAGAAGUGCAGCAACACUUUCAAUCAUGUGGUACAGUAAACAGGGUGACUAUCUUGACGGAUAAAUUUGGCCAGCCAAAGGGUUUUGCUUAUGUUGAAUUUCUUGAGACAGAAGCUGUUCAAGAGGCUCUCGUUUUGAAUGAAUCUGAAUUACAUGGUCGUCAAUUGAAGGUUUUACCAAAAAGGACAAACGUUCCUGGGAUGAAGCAGUUCCGUCCGAGACGUUUCAAUUCUUACACCGGGGGGUUCCGGUUCAGGAGGCCAUAUGUUCCUCCUUAUUUCUACUCUCCCUAUGGAUAUGGGAAGGCUCCUAGGUUCAGAAGGUCAAUGCGUUACAUGCCUUACUACUAGGAGUUCAUUUACAUAUUUGGGCUAUUUUGUUUGAUGGGAAUGAGCAUUCAGGUUCAGAAUUCGGCCCAAGUGAUACAUGUCUUAGUACCAGGUCAUUUGCAUCUUAUAGACCAUUAUGUUUAAUGGAUGGCAUCCAGGAAGUUUCUAUACAUCUUUUUCAUUUCUCUAGUUGACAUAAAGCUCAGAUGCUUUUAUCUGUGCAUAAAUUCUGUUGAUGUUUGUUAUUCAACUGUAUGACAUGGAAAGGAAAAUCGAAUUUCAGUGACAUUGGACAGUAUUCAGUCAUCAUUUUUAUGUAGUUUCGUUGCUAGUAUUUUGGUUUAA